ACUUUCAGAAGAAAAGUUUUGCAACUUGCAAACUCGUCAAACGUUUGUCCACCACACAGAAGUCGGUUUAUCAGCCGUGUAAAGGAUUAAGGAGGAAGCAUGAAGCAAUCCGUGUAAUGACGUCGUCAUGUUUGUUCAUCUACAGGAAGGAUUGUAUAACUUUAUGUCAGAACUUUUGUUACAAGUUGCUCCAGAGUUGUCCAUGUAGCCGAGCUUUUAUUGUUCUUCCUCACUUGUCAUUGUGUUCACUGCAUUGACAACACUGUUUGGUAUAUUUUUGUUUCUUUGUGGUGUUCCUACUGACUAUAAUUUAUAUAAACAAAACAACCAAAAAGUCUCAGUAGAAGUGAAAUGAUGCCAAAGAGAAGUCUGAGUGCGGCGGUCACUGGGCUUCUUGUGCUCGGCUUCAUGUCGUCCUGCAGACCUGAAACAUCUCCAUCCUGUCAUGGAGCGUACGACCUGUACUUCGUGUUGGACAGGUCGGGAAGUGUCUCGACUGAUUGGAUCCAGAUCUAUGAGUUUGUGAAAAAUCUUGUAGAUCGAUUUGUAAGCCCCAAUAUGAAGGUUUCGUUCAUUGUUUUCUCAUCAAGCGCAGAAGUCAUUUUGCCUCUCACUGGAGACAGGGCACAGAUAGAGAAAGGCCUAAAUGCACUGAGUAAAGUUAUACCAGCAGGAGAUACAUACAUGCAUGAAGGAAUUAAAAAGGCGGCUGAGCAGAUAAAAGAACAAACCAAAAAGUCUUCAAGCAUCAUAGUUGCAUUGACAGAUGGGAAGCUUGCUGUAUAUGUCCAUGAUCUUACUGUAAAACAGGCAGAUAAAGCAAGGGAGUAUGGAGCUCGUGUAUAUUGUGUGGGUGUUAAGGAUUUUGACAAAGAUCAGCUGGCUAUGGUGGCUGAUAGUCCUAAUCAAGUCUUCCCAGUCAAUGAGGGCUUUAAGGCUCUCAAAGGAAUUGUAAAUUCGAUCUUAAAGCAGUCAUGCACUGAGAUCUUAACACUUGAGCCGUCCAGUGUCUGUGUGAAUCAGUCUUUUAACAUGGUCCUCAAGGGGAAUGGAUUUAUGCAGGGACGAGUCCAAGAUGGAGUCCUUUGCAGCUUCCUGGUGGAUAGUCAAACCUACACUGAGAAAGCAACCACAGUGCAAGAUGACUAUGUGCUGUGUCCUGCACCAAUGCUUCAGUAUGCUGGACAACAAAUGGAAGUCCUUAUCAGCUUGAAUGGGGGCAAGUCGUUUGUUACUAGUCCUUUCAUCAUCACUGCUACGACUUGUUCGGACGGGACCAUCGUGGCAAUUAUAUUCCUUGUGCUGUUGCUCCUUGUUGCUCUGGCUCUCAUGUGGUGGUUCUGGCCUCUGUGCUGCACUGUGGUUAUUAAAGACCCACCUCCUCAAAGACCUCCUCCUCCACCACCUCAACCAGAGGAGAGUCCACUUGCAAAGAAGAAAUGGCCAACUGUGGAUGCUUCGUAUUAUGGAGGAAGAGGAGCCGGGGGUAUCAAACGCAUGGAGGUACGUUGGGGUGAGAAAGGCUCAACAGAGGAGGGGGCAAGACUGGAGAAAGCCAAGAAUGCAGUGGUUUCAAUACCAGAAGAGGUGGAACAGCCGACGACCAAUAAGCCCAAACCUGCACCUGCUUACCAUCAAUCUGAAACGAAAUGGUACACUCCAAUCAAGGGUCGUCUGGAUGCACUAUGGGCUCUUCUACGAAGACAGUAUGACCGAGUUUCCCUCAUGAGACCCAGUGGUACAGAAAAGGGACGCUGCAUGAAUUUCAAUCGAGUUUCUCAUCGCUAGAAGGACAUCAAGCAUCAAAAAAUAUUGAGAAAAUAUCAGAGGAAAAAUCAAAAAAACUGUUUAAGGGUUUUGUUAUUUGAUUUUUUUUUUCUUUUGAGAAAAUAUACUUUGUCCAUUGGCCGUAUUACAGCAUGUAUUAGUUUAACAACCUUUCAAUUGAUUCCAUUGGCCGUGCCAUUAUAUCUGAAUCUGUCUCCAUGUCUAAAGGCAUAACUUCCUAAUAUUUUAAGAUUAAUGUAUGAGAAAUCAAUCACAAGUUUGAGUUUGAGCCACAUUUGGGUUGUAUUUUUAUACACAGCAAGGGCUUAACAUAUUCUGACCAUAUUGUGCCUUAUGUGGGGGUGAAAAAAAAGAGCUAAUUUUAAGGACACAGACGGCUACUUUAGAGGGGAAAAUAAAAAAGAGAAAGUCUGUUUGGCGUUGGAGUCAAUAAUCCCAGUAGACUUGGUGAGUGCAGAAAGUCCAGUGCCUCUUGGCAAUGUCUCACCACAAAGCCUCUCCAGUAUCGCCCAGUGCCUAGCGGGACCUCUGUGACUGCAGAUCCUGUCAUUUUAACACUGAGAAGUGCACACGCAUGACAAACUGUAGACAGAACGCCCUAAGGUCCUGGAUGCGCUAGGACUUUGCCCUUUAGUUUUGUGGAGACACCUUUCCAUCAUCAUGCACUCAGGAACAGAGUAAUUAACAGAGCGUUAUCUCACCACGAGACAUCACAUGACCAAAGUUACUUUUUGGCGCUUUUCUGUAACUAAUAUAUUCCCUCAUAUUCAAGUUAAAAAUGCACCUUAAUGUACAAAUAUAAAUAUAUAGCUGUCAAGCCACAGCGGAUCUCUAAAAUCUCUAACUUAAGAGUAUCAAACUUAAUUAAAUUAAUUAAAGGCACAACCAGGCAACAUCCUUCGAAGCAUGUGCUCAUCUUUUUUAUGCCUUUUGACACCUAAUGACCCAUUACUGUGUGUGCAUCAGUUGGAAUUAAAACACGCAUCAUGCAAAUCCCAAAAUACGAAUUCUGAAAGGGUGUCAGACGAACGAGUAUUGUUCAUUUCCAGAUAUUAUCCUCAUCUCACACACACGCAAGCAAUAUAUAUUAUUUGUACAUCCGUCCGACGCGCUGUCAUGACGCCGUUCAGGAAAUGAUGCCAGUGCUGAUAGAAAUGCCGUCGGGGAAGAGGGCAGCAGCUGAAGGGAAAAAAAGGCUCGAACGAUCCAGUCACUUUGGAUGCACUACUUCAGAUGCAGAAUGGAUAUUCGAGUGGAAAUCUGACAAAGCGCGCCAGCUUUGAUGGGAAGCAGUAUAGACAAUGACCAGUGGCUGGGUCAGUGGGAUGUCUCGAUGCAAGCAGGGAAGCUUAUCAAAUGACACUAAAAAUAAGUUCAACAACCAUCAAGUUUGAGGGGGAACGAAAAAGGGGUGCAGACGCUCCUAUUCUGUGUGCAGACGAGAGCAUGUAGACAGUAGGGGAAAUGCCAAAGCACGCCGCUCUAAUUAUUCCUUUGUUGUCUUCAUUUGAAAGCCGUGAUUUACUCCUCAGGCCGCAAACCAAAAAAAGUCUUAAAAUAAAAUUAAAUAAAUAAGUAAAUAAAUAAAUAAAUAAAUAUUAAGAUAAUAAUAAUAAUUUUGCUUAUUUUGAACAAAUUCAUUGCAUUUUUUUGGACGCAUACAAAAAUAUUAUUUUUUGUCAUUCUUAUUUUAACAAAUGUCACAAUUUCAUGAACUGAUAUUCAAACUAAUUUGAUAUUUACACAGCGCUAACACAGCUUUUUUAUUAUACUAUCUCAGCAUAUAAAAGUUAGCAGCACAUUUCAGCCUUGGUCUCCAGUGCACUGUUGUGGAGAGCUUGAGUCAUAGCAUUUAUAUGUAUGUAUGUAUAUAUAUAUAUAUAUAUAUAUAUAUAUAUAUAUAUAUAUAUAUAUAUAUAUAUAUAUAUAUAUAUAUAUAUAUAUAUAUAUGUGUGUAUGUAUGUGUGUGUGUGUGUGUGUGUUUUUUUCCACUAUUUUUCUUUUUAAACGUAUUUUAUAUUUAUGUGUUUUUAUAAUUAUCACAUUGGGUCUCUUAUAAUUUCUGCACAAUAAUGUACUUUCACAGGGAUUAGUGGCUUCACUUAUACUGACGUGCCUCAUAAUCCAGUUUUGCACCUUUUUUAUUCACAAGAUUGAAAAUUCAAUAUAGUUCUGUGUGUAAACUUUUUAGUAACCAAAAGCACCAGCAUGGAAAUUGGUCUGUAUUAUUAUUAUUAUUAUUGUUAUUAUUAUUGUUAUUAUUAUUAUUAUUAUUAUUAUUAUUAUUAUUAUUAUUAAUAAUAAUAAUAAUAAUACCAACAAUAAUAAUAUUAAUAAUAAUAUAAUAUUUUUUUAUGUGCUUUUUAGACUCAUUUUUUAAGUGGCAUGCAAAAACAUAUAAACAAAUACUAGCAAUCGGUAUAAUAAUAAUAAUAAUAAUAAUAGCAGAAUUAGCAGAAAAUGUUUCAAUAUUUUUUUAAUGAAAAUAUUCAAUUAAUUACAAAUGUUCAGCUUUAGGGCUUGACAUAAGAUUGCACUAGUGUCUUAUUAACAUUUUUGUUUUUAUAAAUUUUAAUGAUAAUGCUGUGAUAUUAAACUGAAUGUGUAAUUUAAUUGGCAUCCAAAGGAGAAAUCGUGUAUAUUUUCAGGAAUAAUUUAUUUAACAAUAACACACAAGUUGAUGUGGAUCUGUUCCAACUUUACGAUCCUCCAUUUCUAUUCCAGUCAUUUUUAUUCAUAUUAAAUCUUGCUAUGCAUAUUGAAAAUGUGAAAAAUGAGUGAAAACAAGUUUGCUGGGUGAUGCCUUACACAUGGGCAUUAAUAUCGAGUGUACGCAGAGUGGAUAUAAGUAUAUUGUACAUUGCAGCAGUAUUCACAGAUAUAGUAGAAUGCUUCACAGGUGCUAAAAUAUCCCGUAUUAUCCUGUAAAACGUUGCUCUGCACUGUGAGUGAAAUCCAUCGUCAUGGAGCUUUGCUGAAACAUUUCAUUUGCAUUAUUGUUCUGUCCAUUUGUAUGAAAUAAAUGUAGCUAUAUUUUGCCAA